AUGAGCCACUCUGACGACACCGAGGUUCCGCCGUUCCGGCACGCCGCUGCCGACACCAAGGCGGUGUUCAAGGACGACAUCUUCAAGGGCAAGGUGCUGUUCUGCACGGGCGGCGGUUCGGGCAUCUGCUACGAGAUGGUGCGUGCCGUCAUGGCGCACGGUGCGCACGCCGCCAUCCUGGGCCGCAAGGCCGAGCGGCUGCAAAAGGCGGCCGAGGCGCUGUCCAAGGACACGGGCAGCCGGUGCAUUGCCACGCCCGGCGACGUGCGCGAGCCGGCCGACCUGAAGCGCGCCGUUGAGCGGACCGUCGCCGAGUUUGGCAAGAUCGACUUUGUCAUUUGCGGCAGCGCGGCCAACUGGCUGGCGGGCAUCGAGGAGAACAACGAAAAGGGCUUCAAGACGGUCAUCGACAUUGACCUCCUCGGCUCGUACAACACCGUCAAGGCCACGCUGGGCCAGGUCAAGCUCAACAGGGGCAGCUACAUUUUCGUCUCGGCGACGCUGCACUACUUUGGCCUGGGCUGGCAAGGCCCGGCGUCGGCGGCCAAGGCGGGCGUCGAUGCGCUGAGCCGCGUGCUGGCCGUCGAGAUGGGCCCGCACGGCGUGCGCUCCAACGUCAUCGCCCCCGGACCCAUCAAGGGCACCGAGGGCAUGGACCGCCUCGCCCCCAAGGGCGCCGGCGACAUUGUUGGCGACAGCGUGCCGAUGCAGCGGAUGGGCGAAAAGUCGGACAUUGCCGCGGCGGCCGUGUACCUGUUCAGCGGCGCGGCGACGUACGUCACGGGCAUCCAGCUCGUCGUCGACGGAGGCGCCUGGCAGACGAUGGGACAGUCGCUGCCGUACCCGACGCUGGCCCUCGACAAGCAGAGCCUCAAGGACAUUGUCACGGGCUCGCGGCUGUGA